AUGAAUUCGUAUAUAAAUAAAUUACCGCAAGAAGUUUUAAACUAUUGGAAUCGAGAUAUAGAUUUGUGGGAAGUUAUCACUUGGGAUAUAUUUUUUAUUAAUAAAAGACCUGGCUGCACACAACAGUCUGCACAUUCGGUACUUUCAAGUGAACUAAAUAUACUAAUGGAAAAUCAGCAAACAAAUAGUAAAUCCUAUCAAAAAGCAAAGGACAUGUAUAACCAACUGAAGUUUGGAAAAAAUUCAGAAGAUCUAGCAAAAUUGGCUAUACUGAAUCGUGUUGAUGAGCAAGCUAUCAAAUGUAUUUCAAUUCAUGCAACAGCAAAUGCUGCUAAAGAUCAUUUUAUAGCAUCAACUACACAUGUUGAAUCCAAUAUCGGAGCAUCUAAAAAUUUAAACCUAGAUCAACCAUUAAUUCAGAGUAAAUUAACAGAAGAGAUCGAAGAAGAUAAUUACAAUGUGCUCAAUAAUGAUCGAAGUGACCAAACGGAGGAAUGCUAUGACAAUAAUGACAUAGAUGAAGAGGAUACUUUGACUGAAGAAACACCAACAGAAAAUCUUGAGGAAAAUGAGUAUGAUAGAGAUUGUGUCUUCAACCAUCAUCCAAAUUAUGUGAACAACAACAUCAUCUUAAUUGAUUUGUAUGAUCCUGUUUUCAGAAAAUUUAAAAUUAAGGCUUUGGAAAAAUUAGAUUUUGAACCAGCUCAUGUUCAUA